AUGACUACGAAUAUACCUAAAGGGACAUUCCCACUCUCUUUUUCAUCUUCAUUAUCCUCACAAUGGGGAAAUAAGAAACGCAGAAGGGAUGAAAAUGAAAUUGUUGCAUUUCGAUAUAAUUUCAAACCUGGAUCUGUGAACGAACAAACUCCAGGAAGAUAUGAUAUCUCAGCUGGAAUAGGUAAUGGUGGAGAAGUAGUGUUCGAUACUAGUGGCGGUCAACAAGUAUUCGACGUUAGAGAGGAAUCUUCCAAGCCUAGAGAAUGUGUAUUGAUAUAUAAUGACGAGACCAAGUCUUUUACUCUUCACCCACUCCCAUCAACACUUCAUCUAACCCUCAAUCGUGCCACGAGGAACAAAGCAGCCUCAAUAUCAUCUUCAACUAAUUCAACUACCUCUUCAAUUUCAGUACCAUUAUCAAAACCUAAUACCAAACAAAGGGGCAAACACGAUGGCGAAGAAAGUCAAAAUCAUGAUUCAUUUUCAUCAGGCGAUGGAAGAAAUGAAGUUUCUUCUUUACUUGACGAGAAUGUCGCCGCAGAAGACGAUACACCUAGACCUAAAAAGAAAAGUCAUCCUUCAACAAUCGAACCUCCACCACCUCCCAUAUUACCCAGAGCAACAAAAAGUGGUAAAGGUUUACCAAGAAAGAAGCCAAUGGAAUCCGCACCUAUACCUGUCUUGUCAGGACCUAGUUCCACUACCGCAAAGAAAUCCAGUAAAGCAAAAGUUACCAAGAAAGUUACUCCAAAAUCAAUUGGACGAGGUAAAAAAGUCUCAACUACGAAAACGAUCGAACCUGCUACGCCAACUAAAUUCAAAUCCGCUGAAUAUAUAGAAGAUUCAGAUGAGGAGAUAGCAGCUUCUGAAUCAAUUCAAGGAGACGCAGAAGGAGAAGAAGUAGAUGAAUUCGCUAAUUUACUAGGUGAAAGUUUGGCUCAAGGUGAUGCGUAUGACAAUGAUGACGAUGAUGACGAAGAGGAGGAAGAGGAGAGUGACGACGAUGAAGGCUUAGGUGGUGCCAGAUUGGUCGUAGGUAGAUCUGAGCCAGUUUUGGAUGAUGAUGGUUCUGAAUGGAUCUAG